AUGAAAGAGAAAAUUAGAACACAGCUCUGUAAGCUCAUCGUCCGAACUGCCAAUUUAGAAAAGCUCGUUAUUUCAAGCAAUUAUUCUUUGCCGGAAUUCAUGACAUUACCUCUGGAAUUCAUGGCAUUACCGAAUGCAUCCGUUGCACUGGCUAACCUGAAAGAAGUGACGCUGCAAGCAAAAAUCUCAAUUUGCAACGAUUACAAUUAUCCCAUGAAUGUCAGUGAAUUGAUUCUUGGAGGCAAUAGCAUUCAUUGGUUGCCAAGUAAAUCCCGGAUCCAGUGCAACUUUAAAUUGUUGGAAAACAUCACGACCAAAACUUCUGCGGCAACUAUAUUCGAUUUCUCCGGAAUCAAUCAUGAAGUUGUGAUCCCAUUGAUAAAGAUUUCUGGAGUUUCCAAAUUCUUACUCUCAAAGAUUGCAACCAUGCAUUAUUCAGUUGCAUUACAGAUUACGCCACAAAUCUUUUAUGUUUGGAAGUCUAUCUUGACACUUCAACGAUUCCGUCAUUCCAUCAUUCCUUCAAGCGAUUACGAAACUUCAAAGCUUACAGCAGCUCUCAAUACAACGAACACCACCUGA